CAGUCACACGAUCCCUUAGAGAGAAAGAGAAAGCAAGAGAGACGGAGUGAGAGAGAGAGAGAGAGAGAAAGAGAGGGAGACAGAGUGAAAGAGGGAGAAAGAGAGGGAGAGAGAGAGAGAGAGAGAGGGAGACGGAGUGAAAGAGGGAGACACAGAGAGAGAGAGAGAGAGGGAGUGAAAAUGCCGUAGAUCUGGGAUAUGACAAUGGACACUCGGAUGGAGAUGGUGAACUCGACGGCGGUUCCUCCAGAGUACUCGGAGACGCAGGUGGUGCUGCUGGCGCUGGUGAUUGGCGUUCUGGUGGUGGUCAUCGUCGUGGGCAACGCGCUGGUCAUCACGGCCAUCGCCCGGUUCCCACGGCUACAGACGGCCACCAACGUGUUCGUGUCGUCGCUGGCGUGCGCCGACCUGGUGAUGGGGGUGCUGGUGGUGCCGGCCAGCGGCGGCUACAUCCUGCUGGGCCGCUGGUUGCUAGGCAACUUCAUGUGCGCGUUCUGGACGGCGACGGACGUGCUCUGCGUGACGGCCAGCAUCGGGACGCUGUGCGCGAUCGCGCUGGACCGUUACCUAGCGAUCACCGCACCGCUGCGCUACCACAGCCUCCUCAGCAAGCGGCGCGCGCGUCUCCUAGCGACGCUGGUGUGGGCCAUGGCCGCGCUCGUCUCCUACCCGCCCAUUCACCUGCGCUGGUGGCUGGCCGACGACCCCGACGCGCGGCGUUGCCUGGACGACGCCGGCUGCUGCGACUUCCAGCCGAGCGCGGCGUACGCUCUGGGCUCGUCGCUGGUGUCCUUCUACCUGCCGCUCGGCAUCAUGGUCUACCUGUACGCCCGCGUCUUCCAGGAGGCCCGCAAGCAGCUGCGCAAGAUCCGGCAGCAGGAGCGCCCGCCCCAACACACACACACACACACAGACACACACACACAGCAACCCCCUCCCUCACACACACACCCCCGGCGGUGGCGAUGGCGGAGGCGAGAGCAGCGUGCGUUGCGGACGCUAGGCGUCAUCAUGGGCGUGUUCGUGCUCAGCUGGCUCCCGUUCUUCAUCCUGAACGUGCUCGCCGCCUUUAGGCCCCUCCCCUCGCCCCUCCCCUUCCGCCUCCUCAACUGGCUCGGCUUCGCUAACUCCGCCUUCAACCCCAUCAUAUAUGGGCGCAGUCCGGACUUUAGACACGCCUUCUCCCAGCUGCUGCACCUGCCAGGACACACACCCCACCCGGCGCACACACUCACACACACACACUCACGCACACACACACGCACCUACAGCUACAGCGGCCACAGCGAGACGCAGGAGGAUCCGGAGGGUCCGGAGGACGUGUGUGUGACGGUGGGGGACGAGGGGUGUGUGUUCUCCGAGGGAGUGUGUAUGGCGGACACGCGGCACACUCAGGGUGGGACACACACACACACCGACACCAAUGGAAACUGCAGUAAAGACAGUAUGAGUGUGUCAUAGCACACACGCACGCACGCACGCACACACACACACACACACACACACACACACACAUCACAUCAUUUGCUGACCUCAUUUGUCUAUAGCGUGUGCGUGUGCGUGUGCGUGUGCGUGUGCGUGUGCGUGUGCGCGUGCGCAUGCGUGUGUGUGUGUGUGAGACUCAUCAAGCUUGUUGUUCCUCACACAGAUUCUUUCCUCAGGCGUCAUACAUUCUUCCCCAACACACACACACACACACACACACACACAGGUGUACUUCACUCUCUA